GUGGACUCUGUCCUAACCAGCCGAGCUGUUAAACAUCAAGUGAUAAUUCAGUGUCAUGAUCACUGCCUAAAUGAGUGAAUUUUCGGGGAACAAGGAUUCAGAAAGCAUUCGCAGAGAUUAACUGAGAACACACGAGUGUCGAAAAAAUAAUGAAACGGGCUUGCGUGUGCUGAGGUUAGGACACCGGGGGGCUGUCAUUAUUUUGAUAGAACCGGCAACUUUGGUAAAAGGACAUUGACCUCAUGAAGAACGUACAGAGUACACAAAAAGGGGGUAACGAUGCAGGAGGGAAGGACAUAAGGCAUACCUGGGGACAACGCCAGUCAGGUGGAGAGGCUACACCAUCUUCAAACUCACCAAGUUCCAAUAUUGGAUGGGGGAGCCUACCACGGGAAUGGCAUGGUGUUAAGAUGGAACUACCUGAGGUAGCGGGAGACUUCGAUCUUGCGGACGAUCUGUCACCAUCUCAUCAAUACCUCCACGACGUUGACUCACCGGACGCCGACUCUGAAUUCUCGAGUCCCAGUAAAUCAUCACCAAUUGCCAUCGACACUGUGGACUCCUGUUCGUGGCAACCAGAACUGACUCAUCACAUAUCAACAUUGGUGACCGAGGAGAUGUCGCCGCCAGACGUUUCACCUUGCCAAUCUUACGCAACAAUAACACCGCUACAACCAUUACCACCAAUAUCAGCAGUGAGCGAUAAAUUUGUUUACGCCGGGCACACAGCUAAUACUCUUUUUGGUAGUCCUCCUCUCGAACGGCAUAGUGACCCUGACGAUGUGGGAAUUGGACUCGAAAAUUCACCACAUGCAUAUGGUAAAUCACCCCCAAAGGGUAUGUCACCACCCCACAAUUAUCCAUCACCACAAUGUGCUUGGAAAGUUGAGGAGAUUGAUACCAAGGAAUUGGCACGUCAAAUCAGUGCUGAGUUGAAGAGAUACAACAUUCCACAAUCAAUAUUUGCAGAGAGGAUACUGCAUCGCAGUCAGGGUACACUCAGUGAUCUACUCAGAAAUCCAAAGCCAUGGUCCAAGCUUAAAGGUGGACGUGAGACGUUCAGACGUAUGUGGAAGUGGUUGCAGGAGCCAGAAUUCGAAAAGUUAUCACUAUUGAAAAAGGUAUCCUUCAACAGAUGCUCUGAGUGUGGCGGACAAUCGGAUGCCAGGCUGGAUAUUCAUCAUCGAGCGCCGGGAGUGGAUACUCAUCAGCAGCAGUAUCACAACUAUGCUCCACACAUCUCGCAAGAGAAGAUCAAGACGUCUUGCAAGAGGAAAGACGAGAUGACUAGGCAGACAGAAAACCAGCAGCCUGCCCCCAAGAAACAGCGGGUGAUUUUCACAGACAUUCAGCGACGUACUCUACAGGCUAUUUUCAAAGAAACAAAGAGACCGUCGAAGGACAUGCAGGUGAUAAUCGCCAACAAUUUGGGCCUCGAACCUUCGACAGUUGGACAUUUCUUCAUGAACGCGAGACGUCGUUCAAU